AUGUGGUCAGCUGAUGAAAUCGCUGGGCUGUGCUACCUGCAUUAUAGGACGAGACUCCCCAGGCAGGGGAAACCAGAUCCAAAGAGGGAAUGGACUUCACUGGCAGCUGUUGUCAAAGUGGAGUCUGCAGCCCAAACUGAGGCUUUUGCUAGUCCAGGGAACCUCCAGGUAUCUAAGGAAGUUGUUGCUAUGGGAACUGGAACAAAAUGUAUUGGCCAAAACAAAAUGAGAAAAAAUGGAGACAUUUUGAAUGACAGUCAUGCUGAAGUUGUGGCCAAGAGGAGCUUCCAGAGGUACCUUCUCCAUCAGGUGUGGCUGGCAGCCUCCCUUCAGCAGUGUAGUAUCUUUAGUCCGGGAACUGAAACUGGAAAAUGGAAGCUUAAACCAAAUAUCGUAUUUGUUUUCUUCUCCAGUCAUACCCCAUGUGGAGAUGCUUCUAUUAUUCCAAUCAGUGAACCAGAGAACCAGCUUUCUAAGCCAGUGACUGCAGGUGAUGCAGCUGGACAAUCAGCAGAGUGUAGAAGUAACCACGAUCAUUUACGUCCAGAAGAUAAAAGGAAAGCAGAGAAUAUGGCAACUAAUCGUGCAAUCAAGAGAAUGAAGACUGAAGAUGAUGGUUGUUUUUCCACAGUCACCAAAGACCUGCCUGUUCAGCAACAAUCUGUAAAACGAGAAGACGACACAAAUCAAAAGUGCUGUGACUGUUCUGCAGAGAUGCAAACAGCUCAUAAGGAGACUGGCUUAGUGAGACCAAAGGUAGUAGAUGUUCAUAGAACUGGAGCCAAAUGUGUACCUGGAGAGCUGGAUGAUGCCCGAGCACCUGGGCUGGGGUACCACUGUGUGGGAUUAUUACGAGUGAAGCCAGGUCGUGGAGACAGAACGUGCUCUAUGUCCUGCAGUGAUAAACUGGCUCGCUGGAAUGUGUUAGGGUGUCAAGGAGCUCUUCUCAUGCAUUUCCUGCAGUAUCCAGUGUAUCUGUCAGCAGUUGUAGUGGGGAAGUGUCCAUAUAGCCCAGAAGCCAUGCGGAGAGCAAUUAUUGAAAGGUGUAAGCACAUCUCAUCUUUACCAGAUGGUUUUCUGGCUCAGGAGGUUAAGCUGCUGCAAUCAGAUCUUCGAUUCGAACACAGUCGUGAGGCAGUUCAGGAAGUUCAAUCUAACAGCAAAACAAAACUUGUUCCUUGUAGUGCAGCCAUCAGUUGGAGUGCAGUCCCUGAGGAACCUCUGGAUGUCACCUCAAAUGGCUUCCGCCAGGGAACAACAAAGAAGGGGAUUGGGAGCCAUCAGAGCAGAUCCAAGAUCUGUAAAGUGGAGCUCUUCCAUAAAUUCCAAAAGCUGGUGACAAGUAUUUCACAAGAGGAUCUACCAGACACUCUCCGGAUGAAGACUCUAAAAACCUACUGGGACUACAAGGAAGCUGCACUGAAUUAUCAAGAAGCCUGGAAAGUGCUGCGUAGCGAAGCCCUGCUGGGUUGGGUCAAGAAUGCCAAAGAAUACUUGCACUUCACAUGAGAAUCCAUGUGGCUACGUAAAUCCAGCAAUAAGCUCUGGUCCACAGCAGAUACCUCUGCAGUUCAAGGUCCAGGAAAAGAUGUCCUCAGUUCAUGUGCUGUAAAGAGACAGGAGUGAAAAGGAAAGAAAUUUAUAGAGGUCUUUAUUUUCGUUGUGUUGAAGCGCCCUUUUUAUUUAAAUGCAGAAAAUUAUCAUUGCUGACUUGAAGUUCUGAGCUGCAUGAAACAAUAUGCCUCCAAAAGAAAGGAAGCAGGGAUGUGCUGCCCUCUGUUAUAUGAGGAUAUGAUCAAUCUGCCAUAAUUGUUGCAGUGAAAGUAAUGUCACCUGAAAUUGAAGCAGUGCUGUGGAAGAAAGGCCGUCAUUGUAAAAUUUUAGUGCUGCUUUUUUCUUCCAGUCCUCAUAAUGUUAUGGUUGUUUUUCUGUUGCUGGGACAACACUAAUGUAUAGUAAGUAAUAUUUUUAUAACUCUUGGCUCUCCUUGUCUGGUGCCUGGAAGAAUUUUCCAUGUCCCCCAGCCCUAUUUCUUCUAACUGGAAAUACUAGUUCGGUUAAAGCGUCAUUUUUUCUGGGAAUCAAUCAUAUAUAGUGCUAUUUACUAAAUAUAGCCACAGCUACAGCCACAGCAGAAGUAAAAGAGUGCUGGGGAGGAGUCUGUGUCAAAUAAUACCUCUUAUGAUAUCCCAUGCAUCUCUCUUAAUUUCAGGACUUUGACAGAUAACCCUCCAACUGCUUUGCUUCCAUAGGAAAGAAAGAAAUGUCCUGAAUUACGUGAUUCAAACCUGUCAAUCCUGUGGAACUACACGCAAGCAUUUACCUACUUUUCAGUGUUUCAAGCACUGUGCAUCCCCCUUGUCCCCCUGUGGGAUGUGGUUAAUUAAAAGCAGAAAUGCCUUAGCCAUUUAUGUCACUGUUCCCUGGCAAGUGUUCAUUAAUAGCCUGGCAAAGGUGGAGAUGCUUUGGGGGGACUGCAAGUACUCUCUGGCAUGUGUCUUACAGUCUCUUGUCAUCAUGCUUUAUUACCAACUAACAUCUGCACGGCAAAACCGUCAACACUGCGAGCAGUUGUGGGGGAAGCAGUGGAUGGAUAACCCUCCCUAAACUUUCUGUCCCAGUUAUUGCCUUCUAUGAGCAAGUUCAGGACUGUGUAACUGCUACUGAGCACACUCCCCCUUUGUAUUUUUUCUCUUGUAAACCACAAAUUGUAAAAUAUUUGGACAAGGCAAUGGCAAGAUGAAAGAAGUGGAUAAUUUAGAACAUAGGAAUUCUUCAGUGAUUUGAAUUUUCUGCUCUUUGGUAUAUUACAGUUUUGGAUUUGAAAAAUGGGCACAGCAGUUCUCCAAACAGCCUUUGCUGUCAACCUACUGAGCUAGAUAUGGGACCAAACAGUACAUUCUGAGAAUUGAUUACAGCAAAUCCUUUUACUUCAUGAUUACAUUGACUUGUCAGAUAAGUAUAGUUCUCUCUUACUUGUUGAAGAAAAAACAAAAACCUUGAAUUCUGUGUGUAUAAGCCUAUUCUCUCAAAUGCAGCACUAACAUGCAGAAAGACCAGUUGUACUGGUGAGGGGGGAGUCAUUGUAUGUUUGUAGAGGGCAGGGGAUUAUGGAGAUUGGGUGACUUGCAUGAUUCAUCAGAGGAUAAAAAAUGGCCAGAUGCCAUUGCAUAUGGGCCACAGGGUGAACUGUUGAAGACAAAUGGUAGCAGUUACUGUAGUUGAGCAAAUAGUGUUGCAAAGGCAGUCCUGUAGUGUACCUAAAGAACUACCAGUAAAUUUCCAGGUUCCUGAAAUUUACCUAUGUCAUUUCCUGAAAUCUUGCACAAACUAUUAACUUACCAUACCUAGUCUCCCUUUGUUAAUCAACAAUGUCUUAGUGAACCUCCUGACCAGACUGGAAUGUUCCCAUUUCCUAUUCAGCUGCAAUAUUAAAAUGGGUUGUGUAAGACUCAUUCUGUAGUCUUGGCAUCAGACUCGUUUUCAGAUGAGCAGUUAUAUGAUUUAAAUUCUUAUAACUCUUUUCUAAAAUUUGAGCCUGGCUGUUAGGAUUGUUGCUGGUAAGAUUUUUCUGUGCAUUUGUAAGAUGCUUGUGAACUGUAGACUGCCAUUUUUCUGUUACUUGUCAGAUUUAAAAGCAGUUUUCGAGGUGCUGAAUACUGAUAUUAACCUCAUGUUUUGAGUGGAGUCGAGGACAUAUUUAAGCUAGAGCAUGUCAAUGAAUAUACAAAGAGAGGGAAGGAGCUAAAACAAAACAGCAUUUUAAAGGCUAAGCCUGUGGAGGAUCUUAUACUCAACUGGAUGGCAUUUCUGUGAUGGAAAAUAAGUAUUUAAAUGCUGCAUCUGUUUAAUUCCAAAAUGUCAAGAAAUGCUGUAAGCAGUACUGUGAAACUGGUCUAAAAAUCAGAAGGGAAAGAUGCAGAGAUAGGAGAGGACGCAGUCUCUGCUUUUGUAAGAGGUAGCAAACUAAACUUUGAUCAUUGUCAGCAGAUCUUUGGAAGAAUUGCUCCUGAAAAGUACCAGUUGAUGUGUUCCAAGGUUGUAUCACUCCUUUGUGCUAGGAUAGCUGACACCCUGAGAAACAGAGAUAGGCAGGGCACAGGGAGGACAGCAGAAUGCAGACUCUGCCACAGGGGAGCAGAGUUGGGG